GCAAAUUUUUGCCAUGUACUAGGCUUCCUCGAAGAACAACCAGACAACAAAUUCUGCUAUCGCAUCAGAGAAAGAGAGACAUACAGUUGAAGAGGGCGAUAAUGGGUGGAGAAGCACAUGUCUUGAAGAGGAUUCCCCGCAUUAGAUUCCCACAAAGACACCCUAAAUCCUUUGCUUCAGAUUCUACAUCACAAGCUCAAAGUAGGGAUGCUCGUAACAUUACCAUUUCAAAGUCAGAUGUUCCAGCAGCACCCACAAACACUGCUUUGGGAGGGAAAGCUUCUCUUCAGCCAAAACGAACACCAGUCUCAGAAAAAGAGAUAGAGGCUAUUCUGUUGGGUGGAUGCUUCUGAUCUAACCAAGAACUAGUACCAUGGAGGUGCAAUUGAUCUAGACUUUUGGAUCUUCUGUAUAUCAUUUGGCAUAAUAAUGCAAUUCAAGUACUCUGUUAUGGUAUUAUGUAACAGUUGGAAUGCAAAGGGGUUUUGAGGAAGGGCUCACAGGACCUGCUUUGAUCCGUCAAGACAUAAUGGAUGGAUUCGUUUUAUUUUCUCUUCUCAGUCGGACUAUAUUCUCUCUUCUUCUUUUUCUUACUUUUCCACGGUAGGCUGGUAUUUGGCGCAUAAGCCCUACAGGUUUGAUAGGUAUUUGGCACAAAGAAGAAAUUCGAGUUUAUCAGAAAAGGAAAUUCGUCUUGAAUUUCA